AUGCGUGUUAUUAACAGAAAUUUUGUGUUGUUAUUGAGUAUCUUGUGUGUGAGUGGAGAUUAUAGCGUGGUGUAUAAUCAGCAUUCUUUGGAACUGACCCAGUCCUUGAACUUGGCAAGGCAAGAGCAGAUCCAGGAGCGAUGUAAUAGGUACCGGUUGACGUGGUCUGUUGAUGAUUUACCCAACAAUCAGUUGGAACACAUAUUAGUUGAUGAUGAUCGCAAGCUUCUCUAUUGCUAUGUUCCUAAGGUGGCAUGUACUAAUUGGAAAAGACUACUCAUGACAUUAGGUGGAAAGUGGAAUGGAACUGAUGUUCUAGCGAUACCUGGUCAUAUAGCCCACUCCCCGGGCAUGUUUAGAAAUCUAAGUUCAGUGCCCAAAGAAGAACGAGAUGAAAUGCUGGAGAAUUAUAACAAAAUGAUUAUUGUAAGGAAUCCCUUUGAAAGACUUCUAUCGGCAUACAGAAAUAAAUUGGAAAUAGAUACCCCGACUGCAACUUAUUUUAGGAAUCGCCUGGGUAGGAGGAUCAUCAAGGCCUUCCGAGAUAACCCAUCGAAUGAGUCCCUUGAACUGGGAGACGAUGUCACGUUCAGGGAGUUCGCCCUCUUUCUAACAACGAAGACAGAAGAACUGGCAGAUAUGGUGAAUAAUGAACAUUGGCAGCCGAUAACCAAUUUGUGCCAUCCGUGCCUGAUAAAGUACACGUUAGUUGGCAAAUACGAAACUCUUCUGGAUGACGCUCUAUUAGCCCUUCACACAAUCAACGCCACUGAUAAAGUACAAUUCCCAAGGCUGUCUCACACGUCAGGAACUUCGGAAAAACUGAGCAAGUAUUUCGCCCAACUGGAGUUGCCGCUUAUAAGUAAAUUGUACAAAUUGUAUAAAUACGAUUUCAGAAUUUUCGAUUACCAUUUAGAUAAUAUUGUUGGUUUUGAUUUAGGCUAG